UGCUGCUACUAACCUUUUAUCGGACCACUCUCUCUCAUUUUUCGAAAUUAACGACACCUUGAUAUAUUUCAUAAUAAUUGAAUUUGAUCAAAUAAAUCAAUCAAUUUAAUUUUUAAACGUCGUGUGCAGUAAAAAAAACCCAUAGAUAGUUAUUUUCGACGUGUCAUUAGUUGUUCAUAUGGCUGUCCAUUGUCGUUUUGUGCCUCUCCACUAUUAUGAAUGGAUCUUCCUACUCUCUUUCCAUAAAACGCCCUUCCUUUCUUUGCUCUUUCACUUUCAUCUUCCUUUUUUCUCACUCCUCCCAAAUGGAAUUUCUAACUCUCAUUUGUACCGCCUCUCUUGUCGCCGGCGGUGGACUUUACUGGUUCAUUUGGGUCCUUGGAUCCGCCGAGGUUAAAGGUAAACGUGCCGUUCAACUUUCCGGUGGGUCUAUCGACAAAGAGAAAGUCCAAGACAACUAUAAACAGUACUGGUCUUUCUUCCGCCGUCCUAAAGAAAUCGAAACCGCCGAAAAAGUCCCUGCAUUCGUUGAUACUUUUUAUAAUCUUGUUACUGACAUUUAUGAAUGGGGUUGGGGUCAAUCUUUUCACUUUUCCCCUUCACUCCCCGGCAAGUCUCACCGCGAGGCUACACGUAUUCACGAAGAGAUGGCUGUGGAUCUGCUGGGAGUGAAGGCCGGGGAUCGUAUUCUGGAUGCGGGUUGUGGUGUGGGCGGGCCAAUGCGGGCUAUUGCGGCCCAUUCUAAAGCGAAUGUGGUUGGUAUUACCAUUAAUGAGUAUCAGGUGAAGCGAGCACGGAUGCAUAAUAAAAAAGCGUGCCUUGAUUCGUUAUGUGAAGUUGUUUGCGGGAAUUUCCUGCAAAUGCCGUUUGCAGACGACAGCUUUGAUGGGGUUUAUUCAAUUGAAGCAACGUGCCAUGCUCCUAAGCUUGAAGAAGUUUACAAGGAGAUCUACAGGGUAUUAAAGCCCGGAUCCUUGUACGUUUCUUAUGAAUGGGUUACAACCGAAUUGUACCAACCGGAAAACCCAGAACACGUGGAGAUCAUCCAUGGAAUUGAAAGGGGUGAUGCUUUGCCAGGACUGAGAAGUUACAAGGACAUUGCUCAAGUUGCUAAGAAAGUGGGUUUUGAAGUGGUACAGGAGAAGGAUUUGGCAAAGCCUCCAUCAAAUCCAUGGUGGACGAGGCUGAAAAUGGGUAGAAUUGCCUACUGGAGGAACCACAUUUUGGUGACAAUUCUUGCUUUUCUUGGAAUUGCACCGAAAGGUACCGUUGAUGUUCAUGAGAUGCUGUUCGUGACUGCGGAUUAUUUAUCUAAGGGUGGUGAAAAGGGGAUUUUCUCUCCUAUGCAUAUGAUUCUCUGCAGAAAACCUGAAGAGUAAUUAAUUAAUUAAUUGACCAUGGAGGUUCAUUUCACUCUUGUUGUUUUUCAUCUUGGGCGAAUUUAAUUUAAUUUUAAUGUCUCUUUAUUUUCCUUGUUUUUGUAGCUUUGAAUAUUUUCUGUUAAGAUUUGUUAGAUCUCUUUGUUUUUGGUUACUGUUGAAGUAGAAAGGAGGAUCCAUGUUUAUUUGUUAA